CCCGGAAAUACUCGCUCAGCUCCAAAACGGGAACCCUCCUUCCAGAAUUCCCCAGCACACAGCACCUCAUCGACCAGAGUUGCAUAGCCACAGACAAGGUGGACACUCUCAUCAUGAUGUACAAAACUCACUGCCAAUGUGUGCUCGACAACGCCAUCAAUGGAAACUUCGAUGAGAUCCAGCAUUUUUUAUUACACUUCUGGCAAGGGAUGCCCGACCACCUCCUCCCCUUGCUCGAAAACCCAAUCAUUGUUGAUAUUUUCUGCGUCUGUGACUCAAUUCUGUACAAGGUUCUUACAGACGUCCUCAUUCCCGCUACAAUGCAAGAGAUGCCUGAGAGCUUACUAGCAGACAUAAGGAAUUUUGCGAAAAAUUGGGAGCAGUGGGUCGUUUCGUCCUUGGAGAACCUGCCAGACACCCUCAGUGCUAAGAAGCUCCCAAUCGCCCGGAGAUUUGUGUCUUCAUUGAAACGGCAGACUUCCUUCCUGCACUUGGCACAGAUUGCCAGACCCGCCCUCUUUGACCAGCAUGUCGUGAACUCCAUGGUGGCUGACAUAGAAAAAGUUGACUUGAACAGCAUUGGCUCCCAGGCUCUCCUCACGGCCUCCAGCGGUGCAGAUCCUCAAUGUGAAGUCUAUACGGAAAACGACUCCAUAUCGGUGUUCCACGAACUGAAGGAUCUGCUGAAGAAGAAUGCGACUGUGGAGUCCUUCAUCGAGUGGCUGGACACUGUGGUGGAGCAAAAAGUGAUCAAGACCAGCAAGCAGACAGGGAGGUCCCUGAAGAAGAGGGCCCAGGACUUCCUCCUGAAGUGGAGUUUUUUCGGGGCCCGAGUGAUGCACACGCUCACCCUGAACAAUGCAUCCAGUUUUGGAUCCUUUCACUUGAUCCGCAUGCUGUUGGACGAGUACAUUCUGCUGGCCAUGGAGACUCAGUUCAACAACGACAAAGAGCAGGAGCUCCAGAACCUGCUGGACAAAUACAUGAAGAAUUCAGAUGCCAGUAAGGCUGCCUUCACCGCCUCCCCGAGUUCCUGCUUCUUGGCCAAUCGCAACAAGGCCGGCCUCCUGGCUGCCGACGCUUCGGUCAAGAACGAGUGUCUCGCGGAGACCAACUAUGCACCUCUGCCUUCCGGCCAGCAUGGCGGCCUGCCCUCUGUGCUUCCUGCCUUCCCGGAAGGGGAAGCUGAGGCAUUGCAGCUCCCAGGUCCCAUGGAGAUUCCUCAGGGCACCGUCCCCCUGGGGACCCCCCCAGUCUCCCCAGCCAUGGCCAGCAGAGGAAGCGUCAUCAGCCAGGGGCCCGUGGCAGGGAGGCCACAGAGCGUGGAUCAAGGGCUCCCAGCACCAGCUCACUGCCCUGCCUACCUGGAGCCCACCUAUCAGACUCUCCCACCAGCCAGCCAGGGCUAUUUUGGGGCAGGUCCUGGCUUCCAAACCGUGUUCAGGGCCCAGUCCCACCCACCGCCAGCCACUUACCACCAGCCCAGGGCCGAGCCCGGCCGCUUCAUGACCUUGAGUGACCAGCAGCUGCCCAGGGAGUAUUUCGGAAGCAGCUGCACAGCACCUCCCUACCACGGCCGCUCACCGCCACACUACGGCCCACCCCCCAGCGUUCCCGAGCCCCAUGGUGUCCCAUACAUGAAUUCGGGAACCUUCAACUUCCUGAGCAACGCCAUGCCUGGGAACUGCCAGGGAUCUACUUACCCGCCCAACACGCCCAAUGGAUACUACGGCACCAACGUGAGCUACCCCGAGCCGCCCAGGCUGGGCUCGAUGGUCGACCAGCAUGUUUCUGUCAUCAGCAGCGUGAGCAGCCUCCGCUCCCUGCCUCCAUACAGCGACAUCCACGACCCGCUCAACAUCCUGGAUGACGGUGGGAGAAAGCCAGCUACCCCCUACUACGCAAACCCCUCGCCCUGCGGAGGCUGCCGGACUCCAGCAGGAACUUCCGGCCUGCCUGCUGCCAUUCCCUCCUCUUCCUCUUCCUCUUCCUCCUCCUCCUCCUCCUCGCAGUGCAUGUAUGGACCCUCGGCACAGUACCCCUCCCAGCCUCCGCUGGACCCCCACAGCCCGGAAGGCCGGGAAAUGGUUUCGUCUUUACCACCGAUCAACACCGUGUUCAUGGGUGCGGCUGCCGGGGGCACCUAGGCCAAUGGAAACCAUGUUAAAAUCUCUUAGUUCCAGGAUAUUAAGCCUCAUUCUCUUUCAGUCCCGUGAGAGAGGACGACAGCCCAUCCUGAAGGGGAUUGGGCACCGCUCCCUGGCCCGAUGCUGUUACUGGGAACAACUGGUUCCGGCUGCCAAGCAGUCACAGAUGAGGGCAAACAAACCUCGCAGAGGUCGAAACCAGCUUCUUCUCCAGAACCAGUGCCUCCUCCAGUGCCAUCUUUUCUGGCACCAUUUCCUUCAGCGUCAUUUCCUCCAGAUGUCAUUUCUUUCAGCGCUGUCGCGUUUGGUGCCGUCUCCUCUGGCACCGUCUCCUUCGGUGACAUCUCUUCCAGCACCAUCUCCUCUGGUACCAUCUCCCUCGACGCCAUCUCCUCCUGUGCCAUCUCCUCUGGCACUGUCUCCUUUGGUGCCGUUUCUUCCAGCGCCAUCUUCUCCAGCACCAUCUCUUCCAGAGCCGUCACCUCCAGCUCCAUCUCCUCCAAUGCCAUCCAGUUGGGUCCAAAGGUUCAACGAAGAAGCACUGGGAUCCUCCUUCCUAUUUAUUGAAACGUUUGUGUCUGUGUCAUUCGCCUGGAUGUGCCAUUUCAGUUAGAGCCAAGGAGAAACACCGGACUCUUUAUUUAUUCUGACUGUUGGGUCGCUGUUUACACCUCCUGAUUGGCAGGGUCCAUGUUCUACCUCCUGUGGAAAUGUUUACAAGGCUGAGGUGAUUCCCCCUCCAUCCAGACCGACAAAGUUCCCAGGGGUUCGGCUCCCGCGGGGUCGUAUGCUGAUAACGGCUACCUGAAGGUGGCAGCCUAGGAAACAGAAUUGAGACUGUAGUGGUUUCUACUUGUUUAUAAGAAGAAGAAGAAAUAA